CCUCGGCAGAUCGACGCGGGUGGCGACCCUCUCGCCCGGCCCUCCCGAGCCCGGUUGUCAUGGCCGCAAGAAAGGAUAAUCCAGUCCUUAUUGCUUGCCAAGCACCCAGUGGCCGUGUCACCCGAGCUCAAGCUGCUAAUAACCGUGGAAGGUUUGGAGCGGCUCACCCUGCACCAGUACCUGUGAGAAAACCGCCGGCAAAAACAAAUGCGAAAAGGGGAGCUUUGGAUGAGAAUGCUUGUGCAAGUGCUGUAACAUCAGCUCCACAGCCUAAAAGGCGAGCAGUGCUCAGGGAUGUGACAAACAUAAGCUGUACAAACUCAUACAAAAGUUGCACUGCUGCGACUAAGCUGCAGUCAAAGCCCACCCAAAAGGUGGCACGAAUGCCGAACAAAAACAAGCAGUGUGCAAAGAAGGCUCCUAAACCACCCCUUCCUGCUGUUAGUGAAGCUUCAUUUGUUAAUGAUUCUGAGGAAGCUCAGAAGGGAGAGCUUUUUGCACCAAAAGAGGAGCCCACUGCUUUGCUCGAAAUUAAGGGGUCAUUGUCAUUACAAAAUAUUGAAUGGAACAGGUUGAGUGGGUUUCAUGAGGCAUUCUUUCAGGGAAGGAACACAAGGGAUAAAUCUGAAACUGCGGACUCAAAGAAUGGGAACUAUGCUGGUUUAAAUAUUAUAGAUAUUGACAAAGAUAAUGGAAAUCCACAAAUGUGUGCUUCCUACGUUGCAGAGAUAUACACAAACUUAAUGGCCUCAGAGCUUAUAAGAAGACCUAAAUCAAAUUACAUGGAGACUUUGCAAAAGGACAUUACAAAGGGGAUGCGAGGGAUUCUGAUUGAUUGGCUUGUUGAGGUUUCCGAAGAAUAUAAGCUCGUGCCAGACACGCUGUACCUCACUGUAUAUCUUAUUGAUAUAUUUCUCUCCCGGAAAUAUAUUGAGAGACAAAAACUUCAACUUCUUGGGAUAACUAGCAUGCUCAUUGCCUCGAAAUAUGAAGAGAUCUGUGCACCUCGUGUUGAAGAAUUUUGUUUCAUAACUGAUAAUACAUAUACAAAAGCUGAGGUGCUGAAAAUGGAGUGCCAAGUCCUUAAUGAUCUAGGAUUUCAUCUUUCUGUUCCUACAACAAAAACAUUUCUCAGGAGAUUCCUUAGAGCAGCACAGGCUUCUCACAAAGCUCCUUCUGUAACUUUGGGUUAUCUGGCCAAUUAUCUUGCGGAGUUGACUUUGACCGAUUACAGUUUCCUGAGAUUUCUCCCUUCAGUGGUGGCAGCUUCUGCAGUCUUUCUUGCAAGAUGGACACUUGACCAAUCAGACCUUCCAUGGAACUAUACUCUGGAGCAUUACACCUCAUACAAAAGUUCUGAUAUUCAAAUGUGCGUAUGCGCUCUACGGGAACUGCAGCGCAACACCAGUGGAUGCCCUCUCAAUGCUAUACGUGAAAAGUAUAGGCAUGAAAAGUUUGAAGGUGUAGCCAACAUGCUGUCGCCGGAACUGAGUCAGUCGCUCUUUAGUAUACAAGCUAACGACAUCAAUCCCCUGCUGAUUGACAACUAUUAGCAGCAUCAAUCUCCUGACAAUUGUGUCGCCCAUAUUUCGAAGUUCUUGUAGCACCGCUCCGAUCCCAUUCAAUCCCCUUGAUCUGGUUGUGUUGUGUUGUCCCCCGAGCUGGUGUUGUUUUUCUGACCUUUUUCGAGUCGUGCAGUAGUACGUGAUGACUCGCAUAAAUAUUGUUUGGCUUGUAGGCUUCUGAUGCCUUGUAUGAUGGCCCUAUCUGUAUAAUAACCCAGUGCUGCUUGAUUUAACGUAGAUUGUGUCGGAAUGAUUAUUUUUCAGAGUGUAGUGCAAUGCUCUUAAGAUUGAAAGAGCACUAGA